GAGAACUUCAAUUCCCAGUGUAUCCUGGGGCUACGUUGUGACGUCACUCACAGGGCAGGGGCGGGGAGAGCCUUGGGGCAGUGCUGGGCGAGCUGCUUUUCCCGGCAGUUCCCGACGGCCCCCGGGUCGGGCGGGUGGCGGCGGCGGUGGCGGCAGCUGAUAGAUGCUCCGUAGUCGCUCCCUCGGUGGGCGGGCGGCGUGAUGUCGGGCGAGGACAGCCCGGCAGCGGGCCCGGGGGCGGCAGCCGCAGCUGCCCGGGAGCGGCGGCGGGAGCAGCUGCGGCAGUGGGGGGCGCGGGCGGGCGCCGAGCCGGGCCCCGAGGAGCGCCGCGCCCGCACCGUCCGCUUCGAGCGCGCCGCCGAGUUCCUGGCGGCCUGCGCGGGUGGUGACCUGGAUGAGGCGCGUUUGAUGCUGCGCGCCGCCGACCCCAGCCCCGGCGCCGAGCUGGAUCCCGCUGCCCCGCCGCCCGCCCGCGCAGUGCUCGACUCCACCAACGCUGAUGGCAUCAGCGCCUUGCACCAGGCCUGCAUUGAUGAGAACCUGGAUGUGGUGCGCUUCCUGGUAGAGCAAGGUGCCACGGUGAACCAGGCAGACAAUGAGGGCUGGACACCACUGCAUGUGGCCGCCUCCUGUGGUUACUUGGACAUUGCCAGGUACCUCCUGAGCCAUGGGGCCAACAUCGCUGCUGUCAACAGUGAUGGAGACUUGCCCUUGGACCUGGCCGAGUCAGAUGCCAUGGAGGGGCUGCUGAAAGUGGAAAUUGCACGCCGAGGUGUGGAUGUGGAGGCAGCCAAACGGGCAGAGGAAGAACUGCUGCUUCAUGACACAAGGUGCUGGCUGAAUGGGGGUGCCAUGCCAGAGGCCCGGCAUCCCCGCACCGGGGCUUCUGCCCUGCACGUGGCUGCUGCCAAGGGCUACAUUGAGGUGAUGAGGCUGCUCCUUCAGGCUGGCUACGACCCAGAGCUCCGGGAUGGGGAUGGCUGGACCCCCCUGCACGCGGCGGCCCACUGGGGUGUGGAGGAUGCCUGCCGUCUGCUGGCUGAGCACGGAGGGGGCAUGGACUCGCUGACUCACGCAGGGCAGCGUCCUUGUGACCUGGCUGACGAGGAAGUGCUGAGCCUGUUGGAGGAACUGGCCCAGAAACAGGAGGACCUUCGGAACCGAAAGGAAGACUCCCCAAGCAAGGCGCAGGAGCCCUCAGUUCUCCCCAGCAAACACAGAAGCAGGAGCUCUGUGUGUCGUCUGAGCAGCCGUGAGAAGAUCUCCCUCCAGGACCUGUCCAAGGAACGCCGGCCUGGUGGGGCUGGGGAGCCCCCCAUCCAGGAUGAGGAUGAGGGAGAAGAAGGUCCCAUGGGGUCAGCCCCCACGGAAACCAGGGCCCUCAACGGAGUCUCUUCCCUGCUGUCCCCUAGCCCUAAGAGUCCCGAGAUGCCUGGAGAAGCCCCCUUCUCCCGGCACUUUGGCCUCCAGAAGACAGGGAGCUCUGGGGCUUUGGGGCCCCCAGCAAGGUGGAGAGCUGAGGGAGCCCCUGGGGCGGGGCUGCAGCGUUCAGCUUCGUCCUCUUGGCUGGAAGGGACCUCCACCCAGACCACGGAGCUCCGUCUUGCCAGGAUUACCCCGACCCCCUCUUGGAAGGUGCUGGAACCCUCUGCCCUGUCUGAGGUCACCAAGCCUGAUCCUCCCUUGGAUAGCGCUGCUCCUCCCCCCAGGAUUCUGGAGCCUGAAUCCCCAGUGAAGUCAAAUGUCCCUACAGCCUCUUCAGUGGCCACAGCGGACUCCCGAGACCGUCGGAGGUCCUACCAGAUGCCUGUUCGAGAUGAGGAGUCUGAAUCCCAGCGGAAAGCUCGCUCCCGCCUCAUGCGCCAGUCUCGGAGGUCUACACAGGGUGUGACUCUGACAGACUUGAAGGAAGCAGAAAAGGCUUCAGGGAAGGCCCCGGACCUUGAGAAGUCCCUAGACAGCCUGGACCCUUCUCGCAGGCCCCGAGUCCCUGGAGUUGAGAUUGCUGACGGCCCUGCCCAGAGAGCAGAGGCGCCUGAUGGGCAGGGGCAGAGACCACAGGCUGCCGGGGAGCACCACAAGGUCGGCAAGGAGUGGCGGGGGCCUGCGGAGGGGGAGGAGGCGGAGCCGGCAUCCCGUAGCCUGGAGUCCAGCACUCUCGAGUACAGACCCUCAGCCCGCAGGCAGCGCCUUCAGCAGAAUCUCAAUCCAUACUCUGAGCCAGAAUCCGAGCAGCCCGACGGAGGCUUCCGGAAGCUGUAUGUGGAGCUGCGCAGGGAGAACGAGCGGCUCCGGGAGGCCCUAACUGAGACCACUCUGCGGCUGGCACAACUCAAGGUGGAGCUGGAGCGGGCCACGCAGAGGCAGGAACGCUUUGCCGAGAGGCCGGCCCUUAUAGAGCUGGAGAGAUUUGAGCGCCGGGCCCUGGAGCGCAAGGCUGCAGAGCUGGAGGAGGAACUAAAGGCCCUGUCUGACCUCCGUGCUGACAACCAGCGUCUCAAGGAUGAGAAUGCAGCGCUGAUCCGUGUCAUCAGCAAACUUUCCAAGUGACUCUGGGGGACUUUCCCACACCCGUAUUUAUACAGCUGCUUCUGCCACAUGCACCCCUUCCCCCACUUGAACACGAGUGACAGGGCUCCAGAGAAAGUCUCUGAGAAGCCAUAACUUCCUCUUGGGAUCUCUGGACUGGGAGGCGAGCAGAGCCCCAGAUGCCAGGGGAGCCACCUGAGGCCAUGAUGGAGGUGGAAGGCCCAGCCGGGUAUGGAGACACAUGGCCAGAAUGGACCAGGGCUGGAGAUGGGACCAGGAAGGCACUGAGGACCAAGAAGCUCAAGGAUCAGUAGCCAGGACCAGAGUGGCUGCCCAGAGGUCCCUACCUCACGUGUGAUGCCACCCAAUCACCCCUGCCCCUCCUGAGCAGGGAUCCAAGAAUGUGCCAAGAGCCCCACUGGCCUCAGCCAGGUGGGCCUGUAUAUAGGGUCCAUGUGCAAUAGGGAGGUUUGUCUUCUAUUUUUUGCUGCCCCCUCCUCACCCACUGUCUGGGGCAGGGGGAGAAGGUAUUUUCGAGACAAAGCACAGGCACCUCAAAUAAAAGUUGUGAAGUUGCCACUCA